AUGCCGACGAUGCUUUCAGGGAACAGGAUUGGGCUCAUGAAGACGACCGCGGCGCUCGCGUCGACGACGUACGACAUCAAGGUGGAAAAAAAAGUGUAUCUCGCGGUGCAUCCGUUCAUCUGGCUCCUGAUGUGCUGGCUGUACUACCAGCUCCGCGUCACGAUGGAGGGCGGAGUGGAGCUGCCGAGCUUGCCCAAAGGGUUCUGGAAGCGGAAGUCGAAGUUCAUUCGACGCAAGCUCGGGUUCCGGAAGCACGGCGACCCGUGA